GCGCGGCGCGCUGCGCCUCAGUGAAGGACGGACCGCAACCCGAGCACACCCCCCUCUCAGAGCCCAGUAUCAGGCCUUCUGUAUAAACAGAACCGGAACACUAACCGCGCUGAAUGUGACUUCGCGCACAAGCAGGCAGCUCGCGACCCGGUCCGGUCAAACCGUUCGACCGACGGCUCCUCUUGACUGACGCGCUCCACAUGCGAUUCUUCAGACUGUCCUUCAAGUGUUUCGUGGACUGCUUCUGACGUCCCUCUGACGUCUCGCUUCCGUCGCACACUUCAACCGCGCGCUCGUUUGCUAAAUAUCUGAAACCUUGUUUAAAAAAAAAAAACGUCGACGACCUUCCGCUGCUCAGCCGCGCGCCAAGGAGCCGCGCGCCGAGGGACGGUCCGCAGGAGCGGGGGCCAAGAGCCGAGUGCAGAGACCGGGUCGUGGAGGAGCCGAGAGAACCGCGGCUCAGACACCAUGCAGGGCUCCGGAGAGAGAGAGAGCGGCCCCGGGCUGCAGGAGGAGAAGAGGGGGCAUCUCAUCCCUAACGGACACCGCGCCUCCGCGGGGGGGCUGAACGGCAGCCUGCCGCCCGCCGCGGACGACAAGGAGAAGGGGGGCUACCCGCCGGAGCUGGGGGGCUACCCGGACUCGGUGGGCUACCCGGACCCGGGGGUUUACCCGCCAGAGCAGGUGGUGCCCGCUUACCAGGAGCGCGAGACGUGGACGCGGCAGAUGGACUUCAUCAUGUCGUGCGUGGGCUUCGCUGUGGGCCUGGGCAACGUGUGGCGCUUCCCGUACCUGUGCUACAAGAACGGCGGAGGGGUGUUCCUGAUACCAUACCUGCUGAUCGCGUUGGUGGGGGGGAUUCCAAUCUUCUUCCUGGAGAUCGCAUUGGGACAGUUCAUGAAGGCAGGCAGCAUCAACGUGUGGAACAUCGCCCCCCUCUUCAAAGGUCUGGGCUAUGCCUCCAUGGUGAUUGUAUUUUUCUGUAACACCUACUACAUCAUGGUGCUGGCCUGGGGCUUCUACUACUUCAUCAAGUCCUUUAACUCUGUCCUGCCCUGGUCCACCUGUGAUAACGAGUGGAACACGCCUAGCUGCAUUGAGUUCUUCCGCCACCCCAACUGUGAGAACGGCAGCCUGGCCAACGCCACCGCCGCCCCCAACCUCACCUGCCUGCAGCUGGCCGAAGGACACUCGCCCAUCGUAGAGUUCUGGGAGAACAAGGUCCUGGGUAUCUCUGAAGGACUAGACCACCCUGGUCGGAUGAACUGGGAGAUGCUCCUGUGUCUGGUGGCCGUCUGGAUCCUCGUCUAUUUCUGUGUCUGGAAGGGAGUCAAGUCUACUGGCAAGAUCGUGUACUUCACCGCCACCUUCCCCUACGUGGUCCUGGUGAUCCUGUUUAUCCGCGGGGUCACGCUCCCCGGAGCGUACGACGGCAUCAUGUACUACAUCAAGCCUGACUGGAGCAAGCUGGGAGAGGCUCAGGUAUGGAUUGAUGCAGGUACUCAGAUAUUCUUCUCCUACGCCAUCGGCCUGGGAGCUCUGACCGCACUGGGCAGCUACAACCGCUUCAACAACGACUGCUACAGAGACGCCUUCAUGCUGGCCCUGAUCAACAGUGGCACCAGCUUCUUCGCUGGUUUUGUGGUUUUCUCCAUCCUCGGCUUCAUGGCAGCGGAGCAGGGGGUCCACAUCUCCCAGGUGGCCGAGUCAGGGCCUGGUCUGGCCUUCAUAGCAUACCCCAAGGCCGUGAGUUUGAUGCCAGUGGCGCCGGUCUGGGCAGCGCUGUUCUUCUUCAUGCUGCUGCUACUGGGACUGGACAGCCAGUUCGUGGGGGUGGAGGGCUUUGUCACCGGGAUGCUGGACUUGUAUCCAGGGCGAUCCUACCAUCGCUAUAAGAGAGAAAUCGCCGUGGCAAUCUGCUGCUUCCUCUGCUUCAUCAUCGACCUUUCAAUGAUAACCCAGGGAGGGAUGUAUGUGUUCCAGUUGUUUGACUACUACUCGGCCAGCGGCAUGACCCUACUGUGGCAGGCCUUCUGGGAGUGCAUCGUAGUGUCCUGGGUGUAUGGGGCGGACCGCUUCAUGGACGACGUGGCUCGUAUGAUUGGCUACCGGCCCUUCCCCUGGAUGAAGUGGUGCUGGAGCUUCAUCACACCCUGCGUAUGCAUGGGUAUCUUCCUGUUCCACCUGGUGAACUACAAGCCCCUGACCUACAACAACGUGUACGUGUACCCCUGGUGGGGCGAGGUGAUCGGCUGGUGUCUGGCCCUCUCCUCCAUGCUCUGCAUACCCGUCAGCGUGCUCUACAAGCUGUUCAGAGCCAAGGGCUCCUUCAAACAGCGUUGGGCCCACCUGACCACGCCGGUGUGGGGGCCCCACCACAUGGAGUACAUGGCCCCUGACGCCCACAGCCGGACCCCGGCCCUGCCCCCCUGCAACGCAGACCACAACAAGGUGAUCAUCUUCGAGAGCGUCAUGUAGGCCACGCCCACCACCAACAGCCCCCCGCCGGGCACUCAGCCCCCCCCCCCACCUUCAACAAAACCCUGAAGAAACAGGGUGGAGGCUCAUGGUGGAGGAGGGACGCAGGGCCCAGGGUGGAGGAGGGACGCUGGGCCCAGGGUGGGGGGGGGGGCCGGACGCCAUUUUUGUCUCUUCAGUGUUUUUAAGUCUCCAUGUCUUCCUCGUUACUAUUGGCUGUUUGGGAAUCACAUAGCCAAUGAGGUCCUUUUAGGACAGAGUCAUAGACACGCCCCCCCCCCCCCCCCCCAAGAGCUCAUCACAAAUACAGUGCCACGCACAAAAGGUACUGAGGCACUCUAGGACAUCUACCGUACCCAAACUAUAACCCGAUAUUACACCUGGUCUGACCUCUGACCAGAUCCCAAAUUAUGUCUACUACUUCUAACCAUAACAAACCCUUGUCUGACCUCCAACCUGACUCCUAGUGCCCUCUAUUGACCUCCUUCCUCUAAUGACCUCUAACCCUGAACCAGACCUCCAAGGUCAGAGUGCCAUACGGAGUGUUUAAACCCCCUAGGGGCCCGGCUGCCAUUUCAUCAUCAACCUCUGGAGAGAGGGGGAGAGAGAGGGGGAGGGGGACAGAGAGAGAUGGAGUGUGAGAGAGGGAGAGUGAGAUGGAAGAAAUUACACUACUAGCCAAUCCAUGCCUUAUGUUGUUGUCUUAACUCUAGCGCCCUGUCAGUCACAUGACCGGUCAGUCACAUGACUAGCCAAACCCUCGGCCCUCUGUCUACGGCCAAAUCAAGCCUCGCUUCCAGGGGGCGUGUCUACAACUCUGUCACCUAGCAACCACUAGAUACCAUCAGUGAUAACCCUGUACGUCAGAUAGAUUAAAUAACAACCAGUAUUUGCACAUUGUUGUAAAAUACUACUGUUGGCACUUUUAAAAAAAAAAAAAUGUUUGAAAUAACAGCUUCUGUUUUACAUCAGAGAUUAGAUCAGAGUUUUAUUUUGUGAAGGCUUUUAUUUUGCUGAUACAUUAUAUACUGAAUAUUCUGUGUAAUAUAUUUGAUGCAGUAUUUGUGAUAAAGAUGUUUUCAGAUCACGUUGAGCUAACAGCAGGAGUAGGGCUGCUGGCGAUGCGUUUACUUAGCGAUGUGUUUAACCAGCGUUUAGCUAGCGAUCUGUUUAGCUAGCACUAAGCUACCGAUCAGUUUAGCUAAGGAUUUCGCUAGCGAUCUGUUUAGCUAGCAAUCUGUUUAGCUAGCUUUUCGCUAGCGAUCCGUUUAGCGAUGCUAAACGGUAGCGAAACCCAAAGCAGCUCAUUUUUAAAUAUGACAAAUGCAAAGCUCUAGGCUGCAUCAUGUAAAAUAAAGCUUUUCUAACUCAAGAUAACAAUGUAUAGCAGUAUAGUAUAGAAUAUAAUAGUAUAGUUAAGUAUUUUAGUCGGCAGCUAGCCAACAUAGAUGCCAGAAGGCAGCCUCAAUAAUUGAUCCAUUUUAUUAUUGAUUAAUAUUGUUUCUAUCAUGCAAAAAUAGUUUAUAGUUCAUUAACCUAGUUUAGGAUUUAAGAUUAGCUCGAAUCAUACUGCUGACCUGAUCAAGAACAUUGUUUGCAUCUUUGCACUGCCAUGGGUUCCCUGUUAGCAUGUUGCCACUUGUUAGCAUGGCAGCACCUGUUAGCAUGUUAGCCAUGCAGGGAUGGCGAGGAAAGGGAAUAUUUUUGUAUUUUUUUUAGGGUGAUAAAUGAUCAAAGUGCUCAAAGGGAAAGUUUUUACGUUUACAUUGUCAGCGUUUUUAUUUUUCCUAGUAGUUGAUUUCCCCAGCAGCACAACUACCUUUCCCCCCCCAUCACCUACGGUAUCUGUAGUGAUAACAUCGAGAAGUAACAACACUUACAUGUAGUACUCAAAACAUGUAGUACUUAUUACAUGUAGUAUUGUUGACAUGAACUACUAAUGUAGUAUUCAUAACAUGUAGUACUAAUUACAUGUAGUAUUAAUAACAUCGAGUACUUAAAACAUGUAGUACUAAUUACAUAUAGUACUUAAUAACAUGUAGUACUAAUUACAUGUUGUACCAUUAGAUACAUGUAGUACUACAUUACAUGUAGUACUCUUAAUAACAUGUAGCAAGAAUUAUUUCGUACUAAUGUAGUACUAGUUCAAUGUCUGCUCAUCAUUCUUCACACAAUCACAAAGACUUGAAAGGAAGCAGAUCUGUAUAAUAGUGAGGGUUGCCGAAAUGGUCGCUGUGUGAGAUGAACUCAUACCGCAGACCGGAUUGAUAUAGACCUAGUUAGCCUGCAGGUGUACUGCUAACUACCUAGUACUACUUCUUAUGACUACAUGAACUGAUCUGCCAAAACUUGAUAUGUACUAUGAACUGGAAGGGAGUUCUUUACAAAUAAACCAGCAUACUGUAAACGGUACAGUACUGUAAACGUGACUCUACUGUCUGCUGUACACAGGGUACAGUACUGUAAACGUGACUACUGUACACAGGGUACAGUACUGUAAACGUGACACUCUACUGUAUGCUGUAGACGGGGUACAGAGUAGAUCCACGUGUAGAAUAGAGGUCUGCCAACGGCUUGAAUGUAUUUCAUCACCUUUGUUUUUAGUGGAAAUGGAGGGAAAAUGUGUAAACAAAUGCUGUAAAGUCCUGUUUAUCAGAUCUCUUUAAUGGCUAUGCAACACUAGCGCCUUGUCUGGUUUGGUGAGUGGGCGGGGAAAGAAACGGUUGUCCUUUCCCUGAUUGGUCGCGGACUGGCCUGAUCUACAUCAGAGGAAGACUGAAAUAAAGUGAAAAAUCAAGUAACUUUCGUCUGAAUAGCAGAGUACAACUAUAGAGCCACUUGUACUUCACAAUAAUCAUUUAUAUAUAGUAUAGGUGUAUGUAUAUAUCUAGAUCCUAUAUACUCUAUAGAUGUAUAUUGUAUAAAUUGAUUAUGGUAUAUAGGAUCUUUUAUAUAUUAUACAUAUAUAGGAUUAAUUAUGCCAUAAUAGGUAUGAGUAUACAUAAAGCUAACUUGUUAGCAUCAGCUCAUUAAUCUGCACGCUGUACCAAACCAGGCCUCAAGUUGUCUAAACAAACAAAGUUAGCCUUGCACUGUCUCCCUUCCAAACUGUGUUUAUGUGUUUUCCUGACUGCAGAUCAUCAGUUAGCCAAGUUGAUAUUUAACAUCUCACUCCAUGCUAGAAGAUUACUGGCUAGGCUAGGCUAGCAGCAAGCUAAUGGUUGGUUUGAAUGAACCAGUGUUAGCAGGAAGCUAAAGGGCUAACUGGUGGUUUGAUUUAAUUGAUUUAAUGGAGUGUUGGUCCCCCUGUAAUGACGAGAUGUAAUGUCAGGGUUUCAUGCUAACCAUGCUAGCCAUGCUAGCCCACUGUGAUCCCGGGCCAGUCCACUGACUAAACUACGGCAAUAAAACUCACUUGAUGACUA